AAUUCACCCACACCCACAUAAAAAAAACACCUGAUGUGAAGCUGGGACACUACAACACAUUAUAAGAAAAACAAAUGAGGUUUGUGUAAGUGUGCUGAGGGGCGAUGGCUGCGAGGUCAGUGGACUGUGACUGUGACAGACUGAUGAUCUCUGUAUGUAAAGCAGAUGUGGUCCUGUGUGUGUGUGCACGCGUGUGUUGUGGAUUUAAUUUCUAAGGUGACUGAAGAAAGCCACAGUGAAUACCUUAACCCAUGGGCCUGAAACACUCCAACCCCAAGUUGUUCCCGGGGGACAUCGUGGAGUAUCCCAGGAACAAAUACUUCUCUCAUUUCGCCGUGUACUACGGAGAGAGGGACGGCGUUCCCUACGUCGCUCACCUGACAUGUCGAGAUUCAGACUCCAAGCUGCCGCUCUUUGGCCGAGCCCUGAAGUCAGAGGUCAAACUGGAUCCACUGGAGCUGCUGGGGGAAAACUACAAGGUCAACAACAUGUUGGACGACUCGUUCUCGGCCAGAGACUUCCACAGCGUGGUGAAGCCGGCCAUCGACGACUUGAUGGGACGUGAGGUGACUUUUGACAUCCUGUUUCAUAACAGCGAGCACCAGGCGACGCUGUUGAGAUACGGAGUCAAGAAAUCUGAACAGGUCAAUUCAGACUCCAAGCUGCCGCUCUUUGGCCGAGCCCUGAAGUCAGAGGUCAAACUGGAUCCACUGGAGCUGCUGGGGGAAAACUACAAGGUCAACAACAUGUUGGACGACUCGUUCUCGGCCAGAGACUUCCACAGCGUGGUGAAGCCGGCCAUCGACGACUUGAUGGGACGUGAGGUGACUUUUGACAUCCUGUUUCAUAACAGCGAGCACCAGGCGACGCUGUUGAGAUACGGAGUCAAGAAAUCUGAACAGAUAGAGAAGAUUUAUAAACACAUCAUGCCGGCCUGGAAGAAGCUGUUUGAGCAGAAAAAACUGUGAAAGGUGUUUAUGUUCAGUUCUCCCCUCAACCACUGGAGGGCGACACUGUUCUCCUGAUUUCAAGGAGAAUCAUUUUCAAGAACAAAGCUGUUGGAUUGGUAGAUUAGAUGAGCCUAGGACCUUUUUACACUUGUGUUUAUUAAUGAAAGCAUUCAUAACAUAAAAAAGUUGUAAUGUUAUGGAAUUUUAAAGUGGUUAUUGGAGAAAGGGUCAUAAUAUUAUGAAAGUAGUAAUAUUUUCAAUAAAUGAGUUUUACAAGAAAAAAGUCCUAAAAGUUUCAAGAUAAUCUUAAUAUAUUGCUCAAUUUAGAUUCUCUGAAGAGGUGAUAUUAUGGUGUGAAAUAUAAUAAUGUGACGUUUUCUCAAAAAAAACACAAAAAGUUCAUUUUUACAUUUCUGCUGCAUCUGUGAUCCAAAUGUUUUUCACCAAAAAUGGAUGCUGCCUGCUGAACCUUUAACAUAAUAAGCUUGUGUGAAGCAUGAAGUCCUCUUGGUGCUACAGUUCAUCCUUUAAGGAUUUUGUCAAGUUUCAUGUACUUCAGUUUUCAUUUUAGAUUAUUUUUAUCCUUUUUAUUUUUUUCCUUUUAUUAUUAAUUAACCUUUUCAUCAUCUCACCGUUUUCCUAUUCUCAUUAUAUCAUUAUUUGUUUUGGGGAUAUUUUGUUUUGUCUUUACUUUCUGUACAUACUCACAUUGUACCACCUUAACUUAAAUAAACAUUUUGUUUGCCAGCAUUUCCAAAACAAUCAAAUCUAUCUUUAACAUCUUAUACCAUUAAACUGCAACAGAGGCUGUGAGUAAAAUGUCAUGAAGGACAAUUAAUACAGGUGGACCAAUACUAGAAUAGCCAUAAACUUUUCUUUAAUAAAGCAAUUUUUCUUUGUCGCAGAGACCUUUGUUGGGCUUUGUCAAAUCCCACUUUACAAAUAAAGCUGUAGAACAGUG